AUGAUUCUGUGCUACUCUCCAUUGUUAUUUCAUAUCGAAAGUAGCGUUGAAUAUACCAGUUACACCUUGCUUGGCUUAAGUCAUCACCCACACAAGAUCAAUCCUAUCAAUAAUCAUCGUUCCCUUACCAGAGAAUUGGAUGUUGCUUUAAAUCAAUCGCGAUUUAUUUCACUGCGUCGUUUAACGAUACCUAUCUAUCCGAAUCCGCAAACACUUAAAAAAACAUUUUCAUUGAUAUUAAAUAACGCUCCUUUUGAUGCUUGUACGACUCCGGAAGAACAUGAAAUGCAUGAGUUUAUUCCAUACACCGGUGACGAAGACGAUGUAAACACGGUGCAGUUGUCUGGAAUGUAUAUGCCAGAUCAUACAAUUAUCAAUCCAAAACCAUUAUGUACAACGACGUCAUUCCCACAUCGACAUAAUCUUUCCAUGCAUCGCACAUUGACACAUUUGAAAAAUAAGAUCAAACCUCAUCGAGCAGUGAAAAUUGAUGACUAUGAGAAAAAUCAUGGUUUUCUUGUAGUUGAAGAUAUUGAUUCGGAUCUAGUUCUACUUCCUGACGAUAGUUUUGAUCAACAAGCAACACAACAUGCUCAACCAUGUGUACAAAUUAAUGAUCUCAAAUUUGAUUCUAAUCAAAUUCAAUGUGACGCAGCGUUCACAAGUCUAUAUAAUCUAUCAUCAUUCGCAAUGUCACAAUCAAUUCUAGGUGCAGCAAGAAUACUUGACGAGAAUACUGAUGGAUUAGACUGGCAAGCAACGCGGGCUUCGGAUGAGUGUACUGCACCCGAAGCUGAUCUAUUAAACUUGUCCCAUGUACAGUUAUCUGAAGCGAUAGUAACUUCACCAUCUUCGACCAAUUCAUCGCAUCAUCAAUAUUCCGAUAUUGAUCGUUCGUUACUCAACGAUACUGAAUAUGUUGGAGCACAACGAUUGGAUUUAGAACGACUCACACUGCUUGAAGUUCGAUUAGUACAAACACGACGAAACUUGGAGACAGAUUUAGAGACUGAUUUAGAAUUUAACGACUUAUUCAAUCAAGCAUUCGAAACUAAUUUAAAUCUCAAAAAGGAACUUCAAGAAUUGAAACAGGAUUACGACCAUAUCUAUUCAACAUGGUCUUGUAAACAGUGUUCGUGUGAUAAUGAACCGUAUCAUAUAACCCAAUUGGAUGUAUGUUCGACUUGUGAAAGUCCCAGUCCGUUGAAAGAAGCACGACUAACGAAAUGA